AUGUCUCCAUCCUAUGCCGCACUGCCCCUGCCGUCUUUUUCUGCCGUUCAGAGAGGACGAUUCUGGUCUACUUUCGUUGCGUUUGCACGUUCCACUAUCGUCGCUUCCCUCAACAAAGGUAUAAAAGAGGGGCUGCUAGAAAUCACCGACUGUGAUGGGACUAUCUGGAAAUUUGGCACAUACAAUCCAGCUUCAGCAGGCUAUCGCGAGGGCAAGCUUAUCAUCAAGGAUGAAACUUUUUGGGUUCGGGUUUAUCUGUCGUAUGAUGUUGGAUUUUCUGAGGCGUACAUGAAUGCUGAAGUGAGCUCACCUUAUAUGAAGGAAGUGUUGAAUAUCUAUAUUGAUAAUUUCCCCCAUAUGAGCGGGGUAUGGUCCUUGACCUAUAAGGUCAGGUCUAUCCUAGACCGCAUCGUCAUACAUCGCUUCUUGAGCCAUGGCUUGAAUCAAUCCAUUCUCAACGUUGCAGGCUACGAUGCGGCGAAUGACUUGUACAAAGCCUUCCUCAGUCAAGAGAUGCAAUAUUCUUGUCCUAUCUGGAGCGAUGAAGAAGGCGGCGUCCGAGGUGAUCUAACUGGACGAAGAUUUCGUGGCGAUCUUGAACGUGCUCAGGAACGUAAGAUUGAAUACGUACUGAAGAAAGCUAGAUUACUUCCCGGGCACCGUGUGCUGGAGAUAGGGAGUGGGUGGGGCAGCCUCGCUAUCGCGGCAGCUAGGAUGGGAUGUACCGUCGAUUCCUUGACGUUGUCGGUAGAACAAAAGGUAUUGGCGGAGGAGCGAGUCAAGGAAGCAGGAUUUGAGUCCCAAAUUCAAAUUCAUUUGAUGGAUUACAGAGGAAUGCCUUCAAGCUUCGAAAAGGCUUUUGACGCCUGUAUUGCCCUGGAGAUGGUCGAGGCCGUCGGAGUCCCAUACAUGUCAACCUUUAUCAGAACCAUUGAUUGGGCAUUGAGAGAUGGCAACGCCGCUGUCGUUCUUUCUGCAACAUGCUACCCAGAUGCCAUGUUUAGCCCAUACCAGGGUGAUGAUUUCAUCCGGAAAUAUCAUUGGCCAUAUGCCGUACCUCUCAGCGCUACUUGGCUUGCACAGCAAUUCCAGACGGCUGCUCGAGGACACCUAUCUCUGGAAAGUGUUGAGGACUACGGUCCACAUUAUUGCCGAUGUCUGCGUGAAUGGGCGAGGCGUCUCGAAGAGAAUUGGACACCAGAACUUAUAUCGUCUCUACAAGAGCGGUACCCAGAAUUUUUGAAUGCGCAUGCUUUGAAUGCCUACAAACGAAGAUGGCUUUACAUGUUUCUUUACAUGGAAGUAGUCUACUCGCGUGUCUGGCUGACACUUCAUUAUUGGACUUUUGGAUACCCUGCUAUCGAAUGCACCUAA